AUGACACUCAAAGCGGCCAAGGAGUUGCAUCAGAAGGGCCAGAGGAGUCCCGUGCGCACCAGCCUUGUCCCUGAUGCACUGCUCGACCUGGAGGAGCAAGCAGAGGAGAUGCAACCCUCUUUGGCACCCUCAGCUGAGAUGGAUCACCGCACGAAGACUUUGGCGGACUUGGGGAUUCCCAGCUUCCGCCGCUUCCUUCGGGACCGAAAGCUCCCGGAUCCGAAACGGGGCCCUUGUGACACCCUGCAGCUGAACAUAGGCCUGUACUGCAACCAAGCAUGCAACCACUGCCACGUGGAAUCUUCGCCUUUGCGGAAGGAAAUGAUGUCAGAGGAAGUUGUGGAUAGAUGCUUACUGCUUCUCAAGAACACUCCGAGUGUGAAGGUCCUGGACAUCACCGGUGGCGCGCCGGAGCUGAACUCAGGCUUCCGGCGCCUCGUCGAAGGCGCUGCAGCGCUGCGGGUCCUGCUUGAGCCAGGGCAGGAGACCUUGCCCAACUUCCUGGCUGAGCAUCGCGUGGAUGUGAUUUGCUCCCUUCCAAGCUACGAGCCAGAGCAGACCGAUAGGCAGCGUGGCCGAAAGGUCUUCGAGCGGAGUGUCCAGGGCCUCCGCAUCUUGAAUGAUCACGGUUAUGGUACAGGAGCCACUGGCCUACGCUUGGACUUGGUCUUCAACCCUCCGGGACCUUUCUUACCACCCAAGCAAUGUGCGCUUCAAGGCAAAUACAAGAAAGAGCUGGGAGAUGCCUAUGGCAUUAAGUUUGAUGGAUUGAUCACCAUCUGCAAUAUGCCCAUCAAGCGGUACUUUGACUUCUUGCGAAAGAAAGGCCGGUCACAUGGCCCGCUUGACCUCUUAGUCCGGAACUUCAAUGAACAAACGAUGCCUGUACUCAUGUGCACGAAUACCGUCAAUGUGGGCUGGGACGGCAAGAUGUGCCAAGGCAGCAAGAAGGCUCAGCUCGGUUUCGUUCCGACGAAGGGAGUGGACUCUCUUGAAUCAUCUUGA